AUGAUUAAUAAUAAAUUUGAUGAUGAUCUAGAUGAAUUAUUAAAUGAUAUCAAUUCAGCUAUGGAUUAACCAUAAAAAAAUCCAGUUUCAUAUUAAAUCUAUUAGCCAUUAGCUAAUUAAAAUUAAUAAUAAAAAAGGAAAUGCUUAUCGCCUCAAAUUGGAAAUCAAUCUUAACUACGCAUUUGCUCUAAUCUUAGAUGUAUAAAAUGUGAUCUUCAAGUUAAAUGUCAUAUAAACAAAAAAUGGAACAAGGAUGUGGAUUAUUUGAUAUUCAGAAACUACUUUAACAAUAUGUCAAUGUUAUCAAAAUAUUUAACAGAGGAUAAUCAAUUUAAUGCCUAUAAUUGUUAAUGCACCAAUGUAAAUGCUCUUGAAUCAAUUUCUGCACCAUAAAAUUGGGUAUGUUCAGGUCAUACAAUUUGA